CCACUCGCCUGGAGCGCGCGGGCGAGGCGGGCGCAGCGCACCGGGGCUCUCGUGGGCUCACAGCUGCGCGCUCGCACCGCGCGGCUCUCGGUGGCGGCGGCGGCGGCGGCCGCCUGAGCGCAGGGCUCCCCGGAUAAAAGCCGCUGCGGCUCCCGAUCGCGACCCCGCUCCCUGUCGCAUCCCGGCCGGCCACCUCUCUGGCCAUGGCUCUGGCGGACAGCACCCGAGGAUUACCCAACGGGGGUGGAGGCGGGGGUGGCAGCGGCUCGUCGUCGUCCUCCGCGGAGCCGCCGCUCUUCCCGGACAUCGUGGAGCUGAACGUGGGGGGCCAGGUGUAUGUGACCCGGCGCUGCACGGUGGUGUCCGUGCCCGACUCGCUGCUCUGGCGGAUGUUCACGCAGCAGCAGCCGCAGGAGCUGGCCCGGGACAGCAAGGGUCGCUUCUUUCUGGAUCGGGACGGCUUCCUCUUCCGCUACAUCCUGGAUUACCUGCGGGACUUGCAGCUCGUCCUGCCGGACUACUUCCCCGAGCGCAGCCGGCUGCAGCGCGAGGCCGAGUACUUCGAGCUGCCGGAGCUCGUGCGUCGCCUCGGGGCGCCCCAGCAGCCGGGUCCCGGGCCACCGCCGCCACACUCGCGCCGCGGGGUUCCCAAGGAGGGCUCGGUGGGCGACGAGCUGCUGCCGCUGGGCUACUCGGAGACCGAGCCGCAGGAGGGCGCCUCGGCCGGGGCUCCGUCGCCCACGCUGGAGCUGGCUAGCCGCAGCCCGUCCGGGGGCGCGGCGGGUCCCCUGCUCACACCGUCCCAGUCUUUGGACGGCAGCCGGCGCUCCGGCUACAUCACCAUCGGCUACCGAGGCUCCUACACCAUCGGGCGCGACGCCCAGGCGGACGCCAAGUUCCGGCGGGUGGCGCGCAUCACGGUGUGCGGCAAGACGUCGCUGGCCAAGGAGGUGUUUGGGGACACCCUGAAUGAGAGCCGGGAUCCCGACCGGCCCCCGGAGCGCUACACCUCGCGCUAUUACCUCAAGUUCAACUUCCUAGAGCAGGCCUUCGAUAAGCUGUCCGAGUCGGGCUUCCACAUGGUGGCGUGCAGCUCCACUGGCACCUGCGCCUUUGCUAGCAGCACCGACCAGAGCGAGGACAAGAUCUGGACCAGCUACACCGAGUACGUCUUCUGCAGGGAGUGAGCUCCCCAGACCCCUGGCCACUCCUGCGCCCACUUCCCUUCCUCCACGCGGGGGCACAGGAUUAUAGAUGCCCUAGACCCCUUCCCCUCGGUGCCCAGGUUCCUUCUGCCCUUCCCGUCUCUCCCCCAGUAGCUCAUCCAGACCCGUCAGCUCCCCACUUGAGAACCUGCAGCCACAGAUCCUCUGGGCUUCUUCGUCUUCUUUGGACCCCGCUAACCGAGAGUGCUCAGAUGUAGCUCUUCUUCACCUAUGCUUCCUCUACUCCUGGCCUCCAACCACCCUUCCCCCCAGAUUGUACUUGAGUCCAGAGCUAGUGGGGCAGUGCGGGCGCAAAGUCACCAAGUACCCGGGAGUGACUGAAUUGUUCCGACCCGACUGGACGGUGUCCAGCGUGCAGUGUGGAAGUCUUUGAAACCUUAAGUCCCUUGACGCCCUAGUGGUUUCAGAGAUCAGAACUGAGAGCGCUGUGUGGAGAUAGUGUUUUAAAAGACUUGUUCCCCAUUAGAAAGAUAAAAGUUUUAGAGGACAGAAUGGAAGACUGUAAUGCUGGGAUUAAGACCCCACGGAGGCAGUUCAGAGACUGUAAAUAAAGUGAUUAGAAAAAAAGAAAAGAAAAGUGACAGGUAGAAGUAAAUCCUAGUACUGGUAACGGGAGGAUCCUAUUUCCCCUACACAAUAGAUCUCCUGUGGCUAAAAAUUGUAGAAAGCGAUGAUCCUCCUGCCUGCGGAGGCGCCCUUUCUCGUCAGCUGUUUGCCUGAGCUUUAGGUUGUGUUGGUUAAGGCAGCCCUUGUAGGCAAGGAGCAGGCAGCAGGAGGCAAGGCUGCCCAGGCCCCCAGCGCUGCAGAAAGUCACUGGCAGAGACUGAGUAAUGUCGGAGUGUUGGUAGGAUCAUACAGCCCUUAGGUCUAGGACUAGUGGGAGGGUUGGGGAGGGAGGAAGGGCGGGGAGGGAGGAGAGGACAUACUCAUUUAUUAUUUGGAAGCUGGAAGUUUGUACCAUCCAUUUGAGUACAUUCACAUUUAAAAAAUAUCAAACAGUACAUGUAAACUUAGAUUUUUUUUAAUCAAGGUUAGUAAAAGUCCCUUCAGCUGCAAGUUUAUCGAGCUAUUUUGAGUCCUAAACUGUUAAGUUGCUAAUACUUGUAUAACCUAACCAAAGAGUUUCCUAGUAGUUUUAGUGGUUUGAACGUUUAUUUUCUUGUUGAUUAUAUUUCCUCAUUUUUUUUAAAUCCUAUUUACUUAAGCAAAGUAAGUUUGAUUUUAGCUUAGACUUAAGAUCUCUUAUUAUCAUUAUUUUAAAAUUACUGUUUUUCUCUAAGCCCAGCGAAUAUGGACUGCUGGGCAGUUCUGAAAACCCGAACAACGCCAUUUCUUUCGUGCGUUUGUUUGACGUUUCAGUGGACUCUUUUUUCAAAUGACAGAGCUGAAGAUAAACGUAAGCACGGGAGCCGCCCAUCUGUAGACAGCUGUGAAGUGAAAUGUUUUUAAAUGAAGGCAAACAAAUACUUCAGUGUGAGCUGAGCAAUAACAGGGCGUUUCAGGUAAAUGCAGCAGCAACAGGAGCCCUGGUUGCCUUUUGCCUUUACUCUCACGUGGAAUGAAUUCCUAGAGUGUAUCCUGUGUCCACCACAGCCGAAGGGAGGUGAAUCCGUAUGCUUUCCGCUGAGAGGCACCCUUUGAAUUAUCUGUGAUGAUGGAGAAGCCUUUUUUUUGUGUGUGUUUGUUUUAUCAUCUUUCUCUGAAAUAUGUUUUAAAAGAUUUUGUAAGAGUUGUUUUAAGUGUUUAAAUUAGUACUAUUUUUCUUUCUUUUUAAAAAUGAACCUUGUACUGUACUUCACUGUGUCCAUGGCAGAUGUUAUGAAUUGGGACCAUUUUAUUCUCAGACUCAUGUGAUCCAAUCUGUAUAUACCAUAUAUAAACAUUUUACACGAAUCACUUAGUUUUUUAAUUCAUCUACUAAUGCUAUAAAACUUACUGUAUUUACCCCUGGUAACUUGCAUUUGGUGGUGUAUAUACAAAAGCAACACGUUUUGGUGAGUUUCUUAUAUCCUUGCCUGUGAACUUGGGUCAGGAAAACAUUCAUAACUAGGAGGCUGGGUUUGCUCCAUACAUUUUUGCUGAGAUGUUAGUUGUAUACUGAUCAUAUGUCACUUAACUGUCUACCUGUAUUCAAGUUAUCCAUAUUUUUAAUCCAAUAAUGUUUUUAUUUUAAUUGGGAGAGGUUUAAGUAUUUUUUGUUAGUUACCUUUUUUUUUUUAAAAAAAAAUAAAAGUUAGUUUUAUGUAUAGAGUCUGCAGUUUUAAAGAAAGGGAAGCAGGGAUCCAGGAAGUUGUGUUAACUUUAGUUUUGAGCUUGUUUUUAGACAGUGGAUCAGGAAAUGGACCAGAACCUUUGUUUCAAGCCUGAAAUGAUUUAGGACUGUCACUCACUGGUCAAACGUGAGUAUCUUAGAUUUCUCCAUGUUAUGGUACUCUGUUAGAUUGCUUAACAAAGAAAUGCAUGAUUAAGAGCAUCUUUAGAACAGAUCAGAAUACGCUGACAGAUGGCAAGAUGGAAGUUCUGAUCCCCCCUCGUCAAAUCUGCACAACUUUAGGAGCCAUGAGAAACUGCUCAAGUUUUGUCUGCGCUCAAGUCUUAUGAAUGGUGUCUUCAAAAACAAUUCAAUUGUCUCGUGAACAUGUAGGCAUCUUUUUGUAUUCCACCACACCUGGCUGGUCUGUAAUUUUGAAGACUGGGGAUUUAGUGUUAGGAAUAGUACAUGAAUCUCUUUCCCUGGAAGUGACUGUGCCCUCUGCUGUUGAGGCCAAUGCAUGAAAACUUUGUACUUUUUAGCCCAAAGUGAAGUCUGAGUAGUCACCUUAGUCUAUGAAAAGGAACAUAGUGUGACCGAGUCAGGAUCAUUUGGAAUGGGUACUUUUCUCUCCUUGGCUUUAGGCUUUAGAAGAAAACUUUAAGGCUUAUAAAAUGUUCUAAAGUAUUGGUUAGCAUCUGUGAAUUUGAUUAGUAUACCAAAUAGAGUAAGGCUCUCAAAAAUAUAUUUGAAAUGACCUGGGAGAAUGUUGUAAACUAUUCAAAUAAUUGUGGCUGCAUUAAUCCAUCUCAGAGAGGCAAGCAUUUGCAUAUGUUGAUCAAAUUACCAUUUGAUGCUGAUCAAUAAUGUAAUGACAUUAGAUUUAAUAACUAAUUUUUAUAAAGAAGUGUUGACAGUCAUUGUGGUUGGAAAAAAAUAGGUACAUGUUCCAUGCUUGCAUAUCAGAUAUUUGUUUUUUUUAAUACAUGUGGAUUAUGAACCACAUUCAUUCUAAGUUUUCAAACAUGUAGAAGAAAAUAUUCUUUGAAGAUGUGAGAAAAUUUCCCCCUUUUAAUACUGUUUUUAUUCUAGUGUUUCUUAUUUAGGUUUUUCAAUUGAUAGCAAAGUGAUAAUACUAGCCCAAAUUGUCUUCUUUUUAAAAGCAGAAUCAUAUAUAUCUAUAUAUUUUCAAUGUGUGUGCUGCUUCUCUGAGGAAAUAUAAAAUGUGCGAAUACUCAGAGAAAACCAGCAGUGCUUACAAUGUAUUCUAAUUUUUAUUGUAGUUUCCAUAGAAUGCUGUUAUCACAUCAAAGCCAUGUAUGACGAAGCUUUGACAGUUUUUUAACUCUUCAAAUUAUGGUGAACUCCAAUCUAGUACUCAAAUCGUUUUUGUACUCCUACAUGUAAAAUAAAUUAUAAUGCAGAUAGUUAGAAAAAUAGUGAAGGAAGUGAAUUUCUUAAGAAUUUCUUUUAUAGUCUUAGUUACAAGUACUGUAAAACUGACAUUUUAAAAAUAGUAAACUUGGUAUUUUUAUUGUUGAACUCUUAGUCAAGACUUUGCUUGCAAUUUUUAUUAUGUUUUUCAUCACUACAAAUCAUUUAAAAUCUGAAUAUUUGGGAUAACUUCAAUCUGUCUCUUGAGUAAUGAAUAAAAUGCAGUAUUCUUAUUCUAUAGACUUAUUCAGAGUCUAUAGUACCUGGAAGAAGUUUUCACAUAGCCAUAAAUAAGUUAUGCUGUAGUCAACUUUUCUUUGUGACAGUUUUGGACAGUACAUAUCUCAAAGUAUUAAUAAGUGAGGAUUUAAGAUUCUUUCCUGGGCCCCAUUAAACAAAGAUGGAAGAAUCCUAGCAGAAGAUGGGCUCACACAGUGUGCUGUUGUGGGGAGGAGGAAGGACUAGUUGACCAAGAAUAUUUGCCACUUAAAGAUUUUUGUAAUUCUUUUCGAGCCAGUUUUGUUUACUUAAAAUGUGUUUUUAAGUGUGCAGACAUUAAUUGUAAUGCUGUCUUCGUGACUUUAUAGCCAGGUAAACUUUGGUAUAACUCUUGAAUACAUUCACCAAUUACCACUGUUAAUAUCCAUUUGAUGACAAAGGAUUGAAACAUUCACCAUGGCUAUGAAUUUUGAACAUGUAAAUUAAAUUUUCUGGGCACUUGCAAAAUCCUGUUUGUAAUAAUUAUUUGGAUUCUGAAAUGUUGAAAAUGUUAUUUGCUAAGUGAUACAUCUCUUUGAGCUGUUUCUUAAAAAUCUAAGGAUACAUGGAAAUAUAAUAUCAGACUUUUCUAACAAAACAUAAACCCAAGAGUAAGAGCCCCUCUACAGUAAAAGGAAAACAAAAACACAUGGAUGAAAUCUUUUCAGAGAUGCUCAAACUUUGAAAUUGCUUUCAUCCACCCAAAUGUUUUAUUUUAUCUAUUCACAACCAGUUGUAUAAUGGAAACACUCAAUACUGGUUUCCCUGCUGUGUGUGAAGUAAUGAAUCAUUGAUUAUGUGACUUGUUAUGUAUUCUAUUAAACACUAAAGAAUAAAACAUUCACUCCUUUAAUUAC